AUGGCCCAAUCGAAGGCCACGGAUGUCGAGGCUGUCGAGCCCGAGCAGAAAGCCUCCGUAAAUGAUGUAACUUCGAUCCCGGACGGAGGCCUCAAGGCUUGGAUCCAGGUAUUCGCAGCAUUCUUCGUCUACUUCAGUACAUGGGGCAAUCUCAACACGUUCGGUGCGUACCAGACGUACUAUGAAACCCAGGCUCUGUUCUCUGCCUCCUCGUCCACUAUAUCCUGGAUAGGAUCCGUGCAGUCGUCCUUGCUGCUGAUUCUCGGCCUUGCGACCGGUCCGCUCUACGAUGCCGGCUACUUUCGCGUCCUGAUGCACUCUGGCGCCUUCCUCAUCGUCUUCGGCACGAUGAUGAUCAGCCUCUGCCGCGAGUACUGGCAGGUGCUCCUAGCGCAGGGAUUCUGCGUGGGCAUUGGAACGGGACUCGUCUUUAUCCCUGGGGUCGCUAUCAUCUCCACGUAUUUCAGCAACCGACUUGCCCUGGCUACUGGUGUUGCGGCUGCCGGGAGCGGCUUGGGCGGCAUCAUCUACCCCAUCAUCUUUCACCGGCUGAUCGAUCGGAUCGGCUUCGGCUGGACCGUCCGCGCCAUCGGCCUCGUCAUCUUCGUCUCACUCCUCAUCCCAUUGCUCAUCUUCCGCGUUCGUGUCAAGCCAGCCGGCAAGCGCAAGAUCCUGGAUCUCCCCGCCUUCAAAGAGCCAGCGUAUACCGUGUUCGUCCUCGGCGCCAUGCUCGCCUACAUCACCAUCAACAUACCCUUUUACUACAUCCAGUACUUUGCGCUCACCAAACACCUCGCCGCGGGCGACUUGCCCUUCUACCUCCUCUCCAUCAUCACGACGGGAUCUAUCUUCGGCCGUAUCCUGCCGAACUACCUCGCCAAUAAAAUCGGCGCUUUCAACAUCAUCUCCAUCUGCAGCAUCAUCUGCGGGGGCACGGUGGUUGCUCUCGUCGAUAUGUCCAAUCUCCCCGGUGCGGUCAUUGUCUCGCUUCUCUACGGCUUCUUCUCCGGCGCCGUCGUCUCCUUGCCCCCCACGUGCUUCGUCAAGCUCUCGCCGGACAGGAGCUUGAUCGGUACGCGUAUGGGCAUGGGAUACGGCGUGAUGAUGAUCGGGAAUCUGAUCGGGUCGCCCGUGGCCGGUGCCAUCCUGCAGGACCGCGGCUUCAAUGCCAUGUGGAUCUUCGGGGGUGUCACCUCGAUGGCGGGGGGUAUAGUCAUGAUGAUUAGUCGCUGUAUCCAGGGAAAAUGGGAGGUGUUUGCGAAAGUAUAA